AUGUUGGUUAAAGAUUACACGACCAUGGAAACUAGUUUGGGCAGUGUGGAGCGAAUCCAAGAAUAUAUUGAUAUGCCUCAAGAACUUACUGGCGCCAUCGCUAGUGCGCAUCCUCCAGCUGCAUGGCCAACCAGAGGUGACAUCGAAGUCUCUGAUUUGGUGGUGAGAUACGGUCAAAAUGAUCAACCUGUUCUUCGCGACAUUUCGUUCACCGUCCAUGACGAAGAAAGAAUUGGUAUAGUAGGAAGAACGGGUUCUGGUAAAACUACUUUAGCGAAUUCAUUCUUCAGAUUGACCGAGGCCACCGAAGGUCGCAUUGUGAUUGAUGGGAUUGACAUUUCCAAUAUUGGUUUAGAGGAUUUACGAACCCGAUUGACGAUCAUAUCACAAGAUCCUGUUCUUUUUGAAGGAACCAUUCGUUCAAACCUGGACAUUCGCGAAGAAUACGAAGACCAUGAGUUAUGGGAAUCAUUAAGAAGGGUACAUCUCGUUCACAUUGAGGAAGCUUCGCCAAAUGGUCAACUAUUGAUUAUUGGUCCUAUAACGAGUUUGGAUGAUCCGGUAAAUGAAGGCGGUAGUAAUUUUUCCCGAGGACAGAGACAACUAAUUUGUCUAGCCCGGACGUUAUUACGACAGUCAAAGAUCAUCAUUAUGGAUGAAGCGACUGCAAGUGUCGACGCGGAAACGGAUAACAAGAUUCAGGAGAUUAUAAGAGAAGAAUUUCAACAUGCCACGAUUCUAUGCAUUUCACACCGCCUCAAGACCGUCAUAGAUUCAGAUCGAAUUCUCGUUCUCAAUGAAGGAAUGAUCGCUGAAUUUGACACACCAUACCGUCUAAUAAACGAUCCGGACAGUUUGUUCAGAUAUUUAUGUGAACAGAGUGGGGAGCUAGAAUCUCUGACGGAAAUGGUCAGGCAAGAGAACCCGGACGAGUACGAUGCAGAAAUAUAUGAUUAUCAAACGGAACAUGAUUCCGAUCGAACGGAAAAUGAAUUAGAAAACGAAAUCGAUGACGAUCAAGACGAUCAAGGUCAAGAAGAGAUAGCAGAAUCACCACCGCAGUAUAGAGAUUCGCCAGACGAAUAG